GCAUACUCGGCUUUUUGGUUCUUGCUGGUUUCUAGCUCACAGUUUGGGAGGAUCUAACACCAGUUUUCAAUUGAAAGGGUGGCUCAAGGACAGUGAGGAGCCCGGUAGUGCUAGUCUGGAGCCCUGCCAGCCUGACAUGGAAUCUUUCCAAUGAUGUCCAAGGCCCUGCAGAUGUUACCAGGAAAGCAGUAAUCCAGGCAGGACCAAGUUUCCCCUACAAAACAGUUUGCCCUGGGUGAAGCAAGACUACAAGCCCGCAGUGAGAUGCGGGUGAAGAGGGGACCAGCGUUGUAGGACUCAGAGCAGAGCGGCGCUAGGACCCAGAUCCGGGUCUCGAAGCCAGAGAGCCGGGCGCUAGGACCCCGCGGCGGAGGCUGAGGAGGGAGGGCGGCUCUCUGCUCGCGGCCGCAGCUUCCCCGCCCCCUCCAGCUCCGACUCCCUCCUCCCCCGCCGGCCAUGUUGGCUCCGCUCGGGCCCCGCGGUUGAGCCGCGUCCCCCUCCCCCUCCCGAUCCCCGGACCCCACACCCCCUGUCCCCGCGGGCGUCUCUCCCGUCCUGGCGCCCGGAGCGUGGCCAUGUGAACCGCUCGCCCCGAGCCCGGCCGGACGCCGCCGCCUCAGAAAUGGAGGCAAACGACCAUUUUAACUUUACUGGCCUUCCCCCUGCAUCUGCUGCCUCAGGACUGAAACCCUCUCCUUCCUCAGGGGAGGGCCUCUACACUAACGGGUCUCCCAUGAACUUCCCCCAGCAAGGGAAAAGUUUGAAUGGGGAUGUGAAUGUUAAUGGCUUAUCUACUGUAUCUCACACUACUACUUCAGGGAUUUUGAACUCUGCUGCCCACUCAUCCAGCACCUCACACCUCCAUCACCCUAACGUGGCCUACGACUGUCUCUGGAACUAUUCACAGUACCCAUCUGCCAAUCCUGGCACCAACCUCAAAGACCCACCCCUUCUCUCUCAGUUUUCAGAGGCACAAUACCAACUCAAUGGCAUCCUUGGGGGCAGCCGACAACCUUCAUCCCCGAGUCACAACACUAAUCUUCGAGCUGGGAGCCAAGAGUUUUGGGCCAAUGGUACUCAGAGUCCCAUGGGGCUUAACUUCGACUCCCAGGAACUGUAUGAUUCCUUUACUGACCAGAAUUUUGAAGUGAUGCCCAAUGGACCCCCAAGUUUUUUCACUUCCCCACAGACUUCUCCUAUGUUGGGAUCUAGUAUCCAGACCUUUGCACCCUCUCAGGAGGUAGGCAGUGGGAUCCAUCCUGAUGAGGCAGCAGAAAAGGAGCUGACUUCAGUUGUGACAGCAAAUGGCACUGGCUUGGUAGGCAGCCUGGAGCUGGAGGAAGAGCAGCCAGAACUAAAGAUGUGUGGCUACAAUGAUUCUGUCCCCUCUGUGGAGUCAUUACACCAAGAAGUCUCAGUCCUGGUCCCUGACCCUACAGUGAGCUGUUUAGAUGAUCCUUCACGUCUUCCUGAUCAACUGGAAGACACUCCAAUCCUCAGUGAAGACUCUCUUGAGCCCUUUGACUCUCUGGCACCAGAGCCAGUGAGUAGAGGACUUUAUGGUAUAGAUGACACAGAGCUGAUGGAUGCAGAGGACAAGCUGCCUCUUGAGGACAACCCUGUAAUCUCUGCCCUUGAGUGCCCUUCCCUCAAUAAUGCUACUGCCUUCAGCCUCCUGGCAGAUGAUAGUCAAACAUCAGCUUCUAUCUUUGCCAGUCCCACCUCUCCACCUGUUUUAGGAGAGUCUGUCUUACAAGAUAACAGCUUUGACCUGAAUAAUGGCAGUGACUCUGAGCAGGAAGAAAUGGAGACUCAAGCUUCAGACUUCCCACCUCCCCUGACCCAGCCAGCCCCUGAGCAGUCAACCACUAUUCAGUUACAUCCAGUAGUCUCCCCAACAGCCUCAUUGGCUGCUUCCACAGAAAUCUCUCCAGAAGUCUCCCCAGCAGUUUCUCCAGGAGCUUCCCUCCUUUUCCCCCCAGCAAUUUCUCCAAAUUCCUCAGCAGCCCUCCCCUCAGUCUCCUUGACAGCUCCAGUGACCUCCCCACAGGCUUUCCCUGUAACUUCUCCAGCAGCUGCCUUCCCAAUAGCCCCCCCAGCAAAUAAAGCUGUCAGCUGCUUACCUGAAGCUUCUGCUGACCUGCAAGAGAUCACUGGAGAAGGAACCCCCACUUGUGGUAGUGGUGAUGUCCUGAAGAGACGUAUUGCUACCCCAGAGGAAGUUCGUCUUCCCCUCCAGCAUGGGUGGCGGAGAGAAGUGCGCAUCAAGAAGGGCAGUCACCGGUGGCAGGGAGAGACCUGGUAUUACGGUCCUUGUGGGAAAAGGAUGAAACAAUUUCCAGAGGUUAUUAAGUACCUGAGCCGCAAUGUGGUACACAGUGUUCGCCGUGAGCACUUCAGCUUCAGUCCCCGAAUGCCUGUUGGAGAUUUCUAUGAAGAGAGAGACACACCAGAGGGUUUGCAAUGGGUCCAGCUCUCAGCAGAGGAGAUUCCAUCCAGGAUUCAAGCAAUUACCGGCAAACGGGGCCGACCUCGAAACAAUGAGAAGGCUAAGGCCAAGGAAAUUCCCAAAGUAAAACGGGGCCGAGGUCGGCCACCUAAGGUCAAAAUCCCUGAGCUAUCGAAUAAGACAGACAACCAUCUCCUAAAGAAACCAGAAGUCCAAGAAGCACUGAAUGAGGAGGAUAAAGCAAAGAUGAGUAAAAACAAAAAGAAGAUAAGGCAGAAGGUACAGCGGGGAGAGUGUCAGGCUCCUGUCCAAGGGCAGGCCAGAAACAAGAGGAAACAAGACACCAAGAGCUUAAAGCAGAAGGACACUAAGAAGAAAUUGAAGGUGGAAAAGGAAAAGAUAAAAACAAAGCAGGAGAAACUGAAAGAAAAAGUGAAGAGGGAAAAGAAAGAGAAGGUAAAAGUGAAGGAAAAGGAGGAGAUGGCCAAAGGCAAGCCAGCCUGUAAAGCAGAUAAGACUCUCGCCAUUCAGCGGCGCCUGGAAGAACGGCAGAGGCAGCAGUUGAUCUUAGAGGAGAUGAAGAAGCCCACAGAGGAUAUGUGUCUGCCUGAUCACCAGCCCCUGCCUGACUUCAAACCCAUCCCUGGUUUGGCACUUCCCAGUCAGGCCUUCUCAGAUUGCUUGACUAUCGUGGAGUUUCUGCACAGUUUUGGCAAGGUGCUGGGCUUUGACCCUACCAAAGAUGUGCCUAGUCUUGGGGUCCUGCAAGAGGGACUCUUGUGUCAAGGCGACAGCUCAGGCAUAGUGCAGGACCUGCUGGUGCAGCUCCUGAAGGCUGCACUCCAUGAUCCUGGCUUGCCCUCCUACUGUCAGUCCCUAAAGAUCUUGGGGGAGAAAGUGUCUGAGAUCCCACUGACCAGAGACAAUGUAUCUGAGAUCCUGCGCUGCUUCCUUAUGGCAUAUAGAGUGGAACCAGCUCUCUGUGACAGCCUGCGCACCCAGCCUUUCCAGGCCCAACCACCUCAACAGAAGGCUGCUGUUCUAGCCUUCCUUGUGCAUGAACUCAAUGGCUCCACCAUCAUCAUCAAUGAGAUUGACAAGACUCUGGAAAACAUGUCCAGCUACAGGAAAAACAAGUGGAUUGUUGAAGGCCGGCUCCGGAGACUGAAAACUGCUCUGGCCAAGCGAACUGGACGGUCUGAGGUUGAGUUGGAAGGCUCAGAGGAAGGCCUGGGACGGAGACGCAGUUCUCGGAUCAUGGAGGAAACCAGUGGCAUGGAAGAGGAAGAAGAGGAGGAGACUUUAACAGUUGUCCAUGGCCGUAGGAGUCGAAGAGAUGGAGAGGUUGAUGCUACAGCAGCUAGCAUUCCAGAGUUAGAGCGACAAAUAGAAAAACUGAGUAAGCGGCAACUCUUCUUUCGCAAAAAGCUCCUUCACUCAUCCCAGAUGCUUCGGGCAGUCUCCUUGGGUCAAGACCGUUACAGACGCUGCUACUGGGUAUUGCCGUAUUUGACUGGUAUCUUUGUGGAAGGAACAGCAGGGAGUUUGGUUACUGAAGAUGAAGAUGUGAUAAAGCAGGAAACUGACUCCUUGAAGGUGGCAGCCCAUUCAGCACCGAGCUCUGCCUUCUCUGUGAAAGGAGAGUUAGCUGGCUACAACACCUCUGCUUCUCCUGCCCGAACCAGAGGCCGACCACGAAAACCUAAGCCUGGGUCUAUACAGCCUAAACAUCUUAAGUUCCCUGUCAGAGAACAGGAUUCAGAAGAGCCCCAGGUUCAGGUUCAACUGGAACCUCAGUCGCAUCCUCAGCUUCCAGCUCCUACCCAGCCCCAUCUUCACUCCUACAAUGGGUUCUUGGAGCCAGAAGGCUCCCCUUUGUCUCUGGGUCAGAGCCAACAUGACCUCAGCCAGUCAGCCUUCCUGUCUUGGCUGAGCCAGACUCAGAGCCACAGCUCCCUUUUGAGCAGCUCAGUCCUCACACCUGAUAGCAGCCCAGGAAAGCUAGACUCUGCUCCAUCACAGCCUCUGGAAGAGCCAGAGGCAGAUGAUGGGGCAAAAUCCUGCCCUGAUCCUCAAGGAUCCUGGUUUAACUUCUCAGCUCAGAUGCCUUGCAAUGCUGCCCCUACACCACCUCCUGCAAUUUCUGAGGACCAUCCCACUCCCUUACCUCAGCUACCUGUCUCUUCUAAGCCAAUGAAUAGACCCAGUACCGCCAAUCCUCGUUCUCCAGUGCAGUUCUCUACCCCUUUGCCUGGGGUGUCCCCUAACAGGCAAGCAGGAGACUCUGAAGAAAUGCCACAGAGUCCCACAGGACUGGGACAGACAAAACGGAGAGGGAGACCUCCCAGCAAGUUCUUUAAACAGAUAGAGCAGCGUUAUUUAACUCAGCUGACAGCACAGCCUAUCCCCGCUGAAAUGUGUUCAGGCUGGUGGUGGAUCCAGGAUCCUGAGACAUUGGAUGCCAUGCUUAAGGCUUUACAUCCUCGAGGCAUCCGGGAGAAGGCACUUCACAAACACCUUAGCAAGCACAAGGACCUUUUGCAGGAAGUCUGCUUACGGCCCUUGACUGAUCCCAUCUUUGAAUCUAGUCAGCUACCUGCCUUGCAAGAAGAAAUUGUGAGCUGGUCCCCCAAAGAGAAGACAUAUGAGACAGACCUAGCUAUGCUUCAGUGGGUAGAGGACCUGGAACAGCGGGUUAUCCUAUCUGAUCUGCAGAUUCGGGGCUGGACAUGUCCUAGCCCAGACUCUACCCGUGGAGAUUUGGCUUACUGUGAGCAUCUACCGGACUCUCAGGAGGAUAUCCCUUGGAGGGGUCGGGGCAGGGAAGGACUAGCACCUCAGAGGAAAAAUACCAACCCUCUGGACUUGGCUGUAAUGCGCCUGGCUGCCCUGGAACAGAAUGUGGAGCGGCGGUACCUGCAGGAGCCCCUGUGGUCAGCCCAUGAAGUGGUGCUAGAAAAGGCCCUACUCAGCACACCCAAUGGUGCCCCUGAGGGCACCACUACAGAGAUAUCGUAUGAAAUCACUCCUCGUGUUCGAGUCUGGCGCCAGACACUUGAGCGGUGCCGGAGUGCAGCCCAGGUGUGCUUGUGUGUGGGCCAGCUGGAGAGGUCCAUCGCCUGGGAGAAGUCUGUCAACAAAGUGACCUGCCUAGUCUGCCGGAAGGGUGACAAUGAUGAGUUUCUUCUGCUUUGUGAUGGUUGUGACCGUGGCUGCCACAUUUAUUGUCAUCGGCCCAAGAUGGAGACUGUCCCAGAAGGAGACUGGUUCUGUGCUAUCUGUCUGGCCCAACAGGUAGAGGAAGAAUUUACUCAGAGGCCUGGUUUCCCAAAGCGAGGCCAGAAACGGAAAAGUGGUUUUCCACUGAACUUCCCAGAAGGUGAUGGCCGCCGCCGGCGGGUACUGUCAAGGAGCCGAGAAAGCCUAGCAGUACCUGGGUACUCUGAAGGUACUCCCUCUAAGCGGCGACGACUCUCAGUGAGGAAUCAUCAUAGCGAUCUCACAUUUUGCGAGAUUAUCUUAAUGGAGAUGGAGUCUCAUGAUGCAGCCUGGCCUUUCCUGGAGCCUGUGAACCCUCGUUUGGUGACCGGAUACCGGCGCAUCAUCAAGAACCCUAUGGAUUUUUCCACUAUGCGGGACCGGCUGCUCCGAGGAGGAUACACCAGCUCAGAGGAGUUUGCAGCUGAUGCCCUUUUGGUGUUUGACAACUGCCAGACUUUCAAUGAGGACGACUCUGAAGUGGGCAAGGCUGGGCACAUCAUGCGCCGCUUCUUCGAGAGCCGCUGGGAGGAGUUUUAUCAGGGAAAACAGGCCAAUCUGUGAGACAAGGAAAGUGGGGAGUCACCUUGUGACAUGUUCCCCUACCUUCCAAACACAAAACCUGCCAUUCUCACCUGCUGAUGCUGCCCUGGGUUCAGACUCAAGACUCAAUACUGAUACUUGACCUUUCCCUUGGCAGCACCCACAUCCUUUUGUCCCUAAUCCCCUUUUCUCUCUUGUUCCUCAAAUAAGAGAUACAGAGAUGAGGUCCUUCUGGACUGAAAGCCAAAAAAGAAAGAAAAAAUUUUUUCCUUUGUUUUUUUCCUAAUUAAAAAUGGGGAGGGGAAAAGAAGUCCCUACCUCCUCUUCCCAGCUUCCUCUCCUUCCCUGUACAUGCCCCAGCAUUCUGGGGUUAUUUAACAAUAGCAAUAGUUCUAGUGAAUGUGUGAAACCGAGAAACACUCUGUACUGUGUGCGGACCCGCAGUGACGGCCAGUAAAGUGGACUUAACUCCCAAGUGUGUCGAGCCGGACACCGGGCCCUGAACAUGCUGCUUCCAUGUUCAGUCCCUUCCCUGCUUUUUGCUUUCUUUCAAUUUUUCUUUUCUUUCCUCCUCACUCCAUUUUUCAGAUCUUCUCUCAUUCAAUAAUGUAAAACUUGUGUACGGGUUCUUUCCUCCCCAAUUUUUCCCCUUCAGUGAAAAAAAAGUUCUGAAGUCCCUGUCUUUCUGUCCUCAUCUUCCUGCCAAUAGCUAUCUAUCCCCUCUAAAAUGUUGGAUCCUCCUCACAUGCUGAGUUUCCAGCCUUUUCUGAAACUCAGUGGCUGGGGAGAGGGUAGGCAGGCACUUUGGGCCUUCCCCUCCUGUUUCCCAAACCUCCCUCUUGGGAACUCCUCAGGGACAACUACUGCUGAGUUUGAGUGCUCCUCUGAGAUAAAGGCUGGGUACUGACUGGCCCCAGAGAGGGAGAGAGAGAGAGAGAGAGGUGUGUGUGUGUGUGUGUGUGUGUGUGUGUGUGUGUGUGUACAUGUACGUACACAGUACACAUCAGUAAGAGCUAUCAUUGUGACAUGUUUUGUUUGAUGGUAUUCAUUCAGUUUCCCCAAGUACUUGUUUUCAUUCCCACAUGUUCCAUUGUUUAAUACUGUCACUUUUUGGGAAGCCACAGGAACUGUUUCUCUGGGAAUAAGGCUGUCUCUCUCUCCUCUCUUUUAGUCAUUUCUAUUCCAGCCUCUUCAAGCUGUGCAAUCUUUUCAGCAGGAACUCCCUCUCCUCUCAGUAGCUUUGAUUCAUAAGCUUUUGCAGGGAGGGGGUAGAACUGGAUCUUUUCUAGCCCAUGAGUGUGUGGGGUUAGUUGUGCUUUCCUUCUUUUCAUCUCUUCACACCCCCAGGACCCUUUCCCCAGCAGCAGAGAUCCUGGAGCACAGGAGGGGUAGAGAAGACAGGUUCUGGGCCCAGCAUUGCCCUGUGUGUGACUAAGCCCACAUUAAGCCCCCAACAUGUGAGAGGAAAGCUGCUAACUCCUAGCUAUAGCCAUGGGCCACUGGCCCCCUGCUUUCCUGCUCAGCAGAGCCCCUCCCAUCAGAGAUUACGGGUACUUGCACUGGGGAGGUGGCUGCUAGCUGGCCUAAGCAGAGAGCUGAGGCAUCUAAGCAAUGUUCCAUUGAUGGGGUGGAGGGUGCCAGGUGAGGUCGGGCAUUCCUUGUACUCCGGCAGUACUGAAUGGGGUGGGGGCAGUGCAGGUCCCGGACAGCCCCUUACUCCUUUUCCACCCUACCUGCUCCACCCCCUGUUGCCUAUUUCUAAAGUCGCCUUUUCUGUCAGAUAAACCUCAACUUAAUUUUAUUUGAGAUUUUUUUUUUUUGCUUUUAAAUAAGAGGUGGAUUGAAGAAUAUUGAAUUGACUUUAUAUUAUGCAUAAAUAUUUAUAUUUUAUCUAAAUAACUGCGCCGUAACAAACUUUGUGUUAGAUGUUUGGAACUGUUAGAGUUGGGGGCUCCUCUUUCCCCAUGCAAUUUUCCCCUGGCAUAAAAUGUACUAGGUUAAUUCAUUGUUGGAGGUGAGGUGGAUGGAGAGAGUAAAGCCUCAGUUGUUCCUGCUUUGUGUUCCUCUCCUGGCUCCAUCUCUCUCCCUAGGGACCAGGCACUCUUACAGUGGGGUGGGGUCCUAGACUUGGUUUGAAAAAGUGGGGCAGAAGGGGGUAUCGGGGUAAAGCAUGAUCAAAGGGGCCAUUUCUCACUUUUUUUUCCCCCUCAUCUUCAUGCCCCUCGAGCUAGGUAGAUUUUCUUAUUGACAAAUAAAGAGUAUUGGGUAUGGAAGGCAGGUUAAGAAUAAAGACGACCCACCCCUGCCCCUUUGUUUCUCCUCCCCUGUCAGUCUGGUAACAGCAAGAAACCACACCAUCAACACCAACAAGUUUCCAUGUUCCUUUUAAAACAAAGGGACUAACUUAAUUUUUAUAUAACCAAAUGUGGUGUUUUAGUGACUUUUUGAUAAUGUACAGUUUUUUGUGAAUUUAAAUUUAUUUCUUUCUAUAUUUUUAGGACCAAUCUCAUUUUUAAUAAGGUUUUAAAAAGGAAAAAAAAAGUCUAGAGAAACAAACCUCGUUUUUGCCAUGUGAUGUUCCACAAGUGCAGCUGUAGAAAAGUGCUUGUCAGUUGAAUAAAAACCACAUUUGAUAGAGA